AUUGCUGAAUAUCAGCGCCGGUUUCUCGAUAUCUGGGCGGUUCUAGACUAUUACAAAAUUAUUGAGCCCCGCAUGCGAUUCGUCGACACUACGCAUAAGGUUGACCCUAGAUGGAUGGGUUGUUUCACUGAAGAUGUCGCUAUCACCACGAAGGUGCACGCUGCUGGAGUUCCUGUCUGGCUUAUCCGCGAUGCCAGACUUGUCAAUUCCAACAUGAACAUCAUCAAAGUCAUUUCCUUCACACCA